GAAGAAAUGGUCUGAUAUAGCGCAGCGUCACGGAAUCAAAGAUAGCAUCGUUCUGCAUCAUAUGGUUUUGAAUGUAUAUUCUCAAACGGGCGACUUAGCUAUGGCUAUCAAAAGUCUUGAAACCAUGGUCGCUGCUGGUGUUGUUCCGAACAACCACGUCUUUUCUUCCAUGGUGGCUCUUUUUGCCAGAAGGAAGGACAUCGAUGGUGCUGUCAUGUGUUUCGAAUGGAUGCAACAAGGCCUUCGUCUGAAACCGGACGCUACUGAUGUUGGCGCUCUCCUGAAUGCAUAUGUUGAAGUGGGAGACAUGAAGGGAGCUGAUGACUUCUUCCGGGCGAUCUCAGAGUCCUACGGUGUGAAGAGGAACGUGGCGCAUCAUAAUAUAAUGAUGAAAGGUUGGAUGAUCCAGAAGAAGUUUGCCAAAGUGCUAGCCACUUUUGAUGCCAUGCGUGAUGCUGAACUUCGGCCGGAUGCCGAGACGUAUAAUAUGAUAAUACAAGCACACUGCGCAAUGCAUGAGAUGGGGGUAGCUGAGGACUGCCUGAGACGCAUGCGGGCGUCAGAUCGAAUUAAGCCAAAUGCGUAUCAUUACACGACGUUGAUGAUCGCUUAUCUCAAGCAACACGACACUCAAAGUUGUUCAGAAGUAUAUGAGCAGAUGUUGGACGAUGGUGUGCAGCCAACUUUCCUCACGUACACGGUUGUGAUGCAGUUAUACCUUUCAAGAGGUGGUCCUAGUGGUCUUCGGCGUGCAAAUGACUUGCUGGAGGAGAUUAUCGCGCGCCAGGACAGGCUGGAUCUUACCUCUAAAUAUGCUCCUCGAACCUCAGUUCCUCCCUUCUUGUUCAUGCCAGUACUGAAGAGAAAUGGUGCUUUAUAUGGCUCUACUGCUGCACGGCAAGUUUUCGAUCGAUUCAUCGACGUUGUUGGCGCACUGCCAGACUUGCAGAUGUUGGCAACUCUGAUGCUGUCAUAUUACCGUGGUAACUCUUACGAGAUGGUGGAACGCUUGUGGAAGCUGGUCAGAGCUCGGGCGCAUGAGUUAUCGCGUACUAUCAAGAUAACCUCGGAAGGCAUAGAGCUGGAUACAGCAACCAUACGGAACUCGCGACAUUUGUGUGAGCCGUUACUCGUAUAUCUCCAGUCUCUGCGCGACCAACGCGCUUACGAUAAAGUCGAUGAAGUAUGUGCAGGUUUGCUUCAGGACGGAUAUGCUUUUGACGCUGCUGUGUGGAACACUCUCGUCACGUUGUAUACGGAAUCGGGACGGUUACACCUUGCUUUACGCAUUGUUGAAGAGAAGUUGAUUGAUGGCAACGCAGCCUACAACGAAAAUCAUGCUGACAUGAAGGCCGGUACCAUACCCGCCGGCUAUACACAUGUUGAAUUCUGUGCAUACUCUGGAACCGGUCAAAAACUGAAAGAAGCUGUGUCAAGAAAUUUGAGAGGACACGACGGCAAGGAAGGAGCAAUGUAUGAUGAGCUUUUUGAAAAGUAUCCAAAAACAAUGUCGUGGUUAAAACGGUUCAGAUCGAGAAGGGACCGAUAAGUAUAUUAGCGUUGUUGACUUUGUUUUGCAUGGGGCACGUCCCCAUUGGGUUUUAUUAGUGUCACUAUCGGUACGGCGUAUGGAGUACUGCAUCAGAGGAGCAUUGAGAUUCUACCAUUCAAAUACUCUUCGUCCAUAGACUCCGAACAUCAUAGUAGCCAGACCGAGUAGACCCGCUAUGACCAUAUAUCGGUUUUGCAUACCAGCUUCGUGACUCUUCCGAUGCAUCGGCUCUUCCAUGGCCAUCCCUUCCCUUGUAGCUUUAUCAAGCAGCU